CAUCACCAUGUUAAACAUUCCAGCUUUCGUGCUGUCGUCACGUAAUCAGACUCCCUGUUUUCUUCACGUCACGUCCGAGUGCGAGGACCAGUCAGCUGAUAUUUCCAGUAGAGCCGGAGUACGCGAAGUUGGUUGGAACUCAGAAUACUACAGAUCAGAGAUUAGGAAACUGGAACCAUGGGGGAGCUCUUCAGAAGUGAGGAGAUGACCCUGGCUCAGCUUUUCCUCCAAUCAGAGGCGGCCUACUGCUGUGUCAGCGAAUUGGGAGAGUUGGGAAUGGUCCAGUUUCGUGAUCUGAACCCAGAUGUGAAUGUGUUCCAGCGAAAGUUUGUGAACGAAGUGCGCCGUUGUGAGGAGAUGGACCGCAAACUCAGGUUUGUGGAGAAGGAGAUAAAGAGAGCCAACAUUCCCAUCGUGGACACUGGAGAGAAUCCAGAAGUUCCCUUCCCUCGGGACAUGAUUGAUCUGGAGGCCACCUUUGAGAAGCUGGAGAACGAGCUGAAGGAGAUCAACACCAACCAGGAAGCUCUGAAGAAGAACUUUCUGGAACUGACUGAGCUCAAGCACAUCCUGAGGCGCACCCAGCAAUUCUUUGACGAGGCUCAAUUCCAUCAUCAUCAGCAGAUGGAGGACCCCCAUCUGCUGGAGGAGUCAUCCAUCCUACUGGACCCCAACGAGGUGGGACGAGUGGCUCCACUGAGGAUCGGGUUUGUUGCCGGGGUAAUCGGCAGAGAGAGGAUCCCCACGUUUGAGCGAAUGCUGUGGAGGGUGUGUCGCGGGAACGUCUUCCUGCGCCAGGCCGACAUAGAGGACCCCCUGGAGGACCCCACCUCUGGAGACCAAGUUCACAAAUCUGUGUUCAUUAUCUUCUUCCAAGGAGACCAGCUGAAGAACAGGGUGAAAAAGAUCUGUGAGGGCUUCCGGGCCUCGCUCUACCCCUGUCCCGACACUCCACAGGAGAGAAGGGAUAUGGCGGCGGGGGUCAACACUCGGAUCGACGACCUUCAGAUGGUGCUUAACCAGACGGAGGACCACCGGCAGAGAGUUCUUCAGGCCGCAGCCAAGAAUGUGCGAGUGUGGUUCAUCAAGGUGAGGAAGAUGAAGGCCAUCUACCACACCCUCAACCUCUGCAACAUUGACGUCACGCAGAAGUGUCUGAUUGCCGAGGUCUGGUGCCCCGUUUCAGACAUGGAUUCCAUCCAGUUUGCCCUUCGCAGGGGAACGGAGCGAAGCGGCUCCACUGUCCCCUCCAUCCUCAACAGGAUGCAGACCAAGCAAACCCCACCUACCUACAAUAAGACCAACAAGUUCACCUCUGGCUUCCAGAACAUCGUAGAUGCGUAUGGGAUCGGAACCUACCGGGAGAUGAACCCAGCCCCCUACACCAUCAUCACCUUUCCCUUCCUUUUUGCGGUCAUGUUCGGGGACCUUGGCCACGGGUUGCUCAUGACUUGUGCUGCCCUCUACUUGGUUCUGAGGGAGAGCCGGCUUCUCGCCCAGAAGAAUGACAACGAGAUGUUCAGCAUGGUGUUUUCGGGACGUUACAUUAUCCUGCUGAUGGGCAUCUUCUCCGUCUACACGGGGAUCAUCUACAAUGACUGCUUCUCCAAGUCUCUUAAUGUGUUCGGCUCCGGGUGGAGCGUCAGACCCAUGUUUAGGAGCGGCGAGGGCAACUGGUCGGAAGGGCUUCUCAACACAACCAGAUUUCUACAGUUGGAUCCAGCAGUGAAAGGAGUUUUCAGUGGGCCUUAUCCUUUGGGCAUUGACCCGAUUUGGAACCUCGCCAAUAACAAGCUGACCUUCCUGAACUCCUUCAAGAUGAAGAUGUCUGUCAUACUGGGGGUCGUUCACAUGCUGUUUGGGGUCACCCUCAGCUUGUUCAACCACCUAUACUUCAAGAAGUCUCUCAACAUCUUCCUGGGAUUCAUUCCUGAGAUUGUCUUCAUGUCGAGCCUUUUCGGGUACCUGGUCCUACUCGUCUUCUACAAGUGGGGCGCCUACUCCGCCGCCACCUCCAAGGAUGCCCCGAGUCUGCUCAUCGCCUUCAUCAACAUGUUCCUCUUCAACUACAGCGAUCCCACCAAUAAGCCGCUCUACAAGGGGCAGGUGGCGAUACAGUGUUUGCUGGUGGUGAUUGCUUUGGCCUGCGUUCCCUGCAUGCUCAUAGUGAAGCCACUUCUGCUUCGACGGCAGCACCUCUGGAAGAAGCGUCUGGGCACUCAGAAUUUCGGCGGGAUACGGGUCGGGAACGGGCCUACGGAUGACGAGGCUGAGAUUAUCCAGCACGACCAGCUGUCUGAGCCCUCUGAGGAGGAGGAGGAGUUUAACUUUGGAGACGUGGCGGUGCAUCAGGCCAUCCACACCAUUGAGUACUGCCUGGGCUGCAUCUCCAACACCGCCUCCUACCUGCGGCUCUGGGCUCUGAGCCUGGCCCACGCACAGCUGUCGGAGGUGCUAUGGUCCAUGGUGAUGCACAUCGGCCUGUCGUUCCGGAGCUUCCUGGGCUUCAUCGUCCUGUCCUUCAUCUUCCUGGCCUUCGCCACCAUGACCGUCUGCAUCCUGCUGAUCAUGGAGGGGCUCUCGGCCUUCCUGCACGCUCUCCGCCUGCACUGGGUGGAGUUUCAGAACAAGUUCUACGUGGGCCAAGGGUACAAGUUCUUGCCAUUCUCCUUCCAGAGCAUCCUGGAGGGGAAAUUUGAGGACUAACCCACCCCCACCUUCCCCCUCCGUUCCAGAAUAUUCUGCAGUGCCUCAUCUGUGUAGUUGCUGUUUGUUAUUUGAUGUAUGUCAGUCAUGCCGUUGUCUCUGCCAUUUUACCUGUGUAACCUGGUAUGUGGCACUGUCUGCUUUUUUCCUCAUGUCUUUCUUGCGUUCAGUUAAGUUUAUUAUUUUUUAAAGUGUUUCAGCUUUUAUAAAUCAGUGUCACAUGGAAAUGCAUUAAGGAGACUGGAGUUAAUUAACCAUUAAAGCUGUUUAAAACAAGAAGCCCCUGAUAAGCUGAGCAUGGCUUAGCAUUUUCCCCAAACACCAAUUUCAUGGGAAGUGUUAUCAGCUGAAAAUCUUGCAGUAACAACUGACUUCUUGAUUAAGCCUCAACAAUUAGUAUAUUGCAGCUGGAGAAAUGUGCAGUAGUGGAAGAAUCUCAGGGAGUCUUUUUCAUUUUGCACACUGAAUAUAUGAAAGGACACUCACUCGCUUCUCACCGCCAGCCAUGGGAAGUGAUGCAAUUGAUCCACAGUGCUGUAUUCAAGACAGAUUACAAUAAAACGUUGAGUGAAAUAGUGUUUUUUAGGGGGGAAAGAAAAGAAAUCCACUGUGGAGCUACAUUUCAUUUCCUUCGGAUGAAACCCAAACGACUCAUCCUUUUUUGUUCUUCUAACAUGCUACCCUACUGAAAUACAGGCUCUAUAUAGCAACACCCAGUCAAUAUCAGACUCUCUGAACCCAGGGUUUCACUGUGAUGGGCCAAAGGGAAAAAUACUGCUUUAAAUGGGAAGCACUUUGGAAUAAAGUACAGUAAUACAUGUUUAAUUCCAUUAUUGACUCCUAAAACCUCUUUGCUGAAGGUUAAUCUUCAGUUAUAAAAAAUUUCAAAUUUGUUAAGUGGUAACCACUUUGAUAAAGCUCUAGAUAUUUAAAUCUGGCCCCUGGGGCCAGUACUGCUGAUUUUCUUUCAUCCUCUCUAAUCAUCUAAUCUGAUUUAAACCUGAUGCACCUGGUGAGUGUAAACUGUAGCCAAUCAGUGGUGAGCAACCAGGUGAGUGUAAACUAGCCAAUCAGUGGUGAGUCACCAGGUGAGUGUAAACUCUAGCCAUUCAGUGGCAUU